GCAACACUGUUGCCCAUACCAACACACUGACAUGCUGUUGUUUACAAAUUUCUAGUUUUUCCGGAGACGAAUCCGGAGCCGCGAAAGUCAACGUGUUCGAAACUUUUAAAAUAUUGAUUACCACAACGCGUUUUGUGAUUUUUCUUAGAAAGAUUCGUACUGCACGUAUUGAAAAGACCACAGUUAAUACGCCAUGGAGGUACCACUAGAAUCGACAAACCACAGCAUCCCAGAAGUUAAAUACGAAUACCUAGACCACACAGCUGAUGUUCAAUUACACGCAUGGGGCGAAUCGCUAAAAGAAGCUUUCGAGCAAUGCGGCAUGGCCAUGUUCGGUUACAUGACGGAGCUGUCGACCGUUGACAUCCGGAAGUGUUACGAAAUUCAGACCGACCCCACGGAUGAUUUGGAAAACUUGCUGUUUCGGUUUUUGGACGAGUUGCUGUUCCUGUUUUCGGCUGAACCGUUUCUGAUAUGCAAAAAGUUGGAAAUCACACAGUUUGAGUUGGAGCCUGAGAAUUUCCGCAUUGUGUGCCGAUGCUACGGAGAGGAGUUCGAUCUGAGUAAGCAUCCCCAAGGAACGGAGGUUAAAGCAAUAACCUAUUCGGCCAUGCAGAUCAAUCAAAAGCCUGAGCAUGAUAAGAAUGAAGUAUUUGUUAUCAUCGAUAUUUGAAGUGAUGUUUUUGUUAUUUGAAUAAAUAUUACUCUGAAAACGGC